AUGACAGUCUACUGGACUUUUCCAAGAAGGAUGCCAAGUAACAAAACGAGUAACAGUCCUCAUUCGUUGGAAGCUAGGAUGAGAACCACGUUCGCGAGUGCUCGGACGGAAUGCGCCCACCUCGUCGAGGAAGUUGAGGUUCACAUCAAUUCGGCACAGACCACCCUGGCCCGUAUAAAAGAGCAGCACGAAGCAGAUCGCGCCGACUUGUCAGUGCGACUUCAGGCCAAUGAACGCAUACACAAUGUAGAUACGAUGAAGGCUAUGGCCCAUGUAUCGGACGUGGAAAUGCGUAAAUCACGAAAGAGGCUGAUGGAGAAGGCAAAGACACGUCUUGAUGAUGCACGAGAAAGGCACAAGCUCGCUAUGGAUGCCUCCGACCUCGUGAAGCAUUACAAAGCACUUGUCCUUGCGCUUUAA